AUGGGCGUCGGAAACAAACGCACAAUCACAAAGACGAGGAGGAAAACCAGAGAUGUAGAUCAAAUCAAGGCAGAUUUGUUAUCAUCAAGACAUCUGGCGCAAUUCAAAGAUACCAAAGCGGCUGAGGACCUUCCAGGUCUCGGCAGGCACUAUUGUAUUGAAUGCGCCAAGUGGUUUGACCGAGAGAGUACUCUGAAUUCUCACAGGCGCGGCAAACCGCACAAGCGCAGAGUCAAACAGCUGCGCGAAGAGCCCAGUCCAGAACCCCAAAGAAUGCCAGGGCUCGAUGCAGAGUCGCAAAUCGAUAAUCGGCAUGACAACGUUGAACAUGAUGCCUCCGGAGACAUGGAAAUGGCCACAUGA